CCCUACGAACAAAAAUGCUUUUAUUUAAGCUGUAAUACUGUAAACGAAAAUAUUAAUGCAUCGCAUCGAUAUAUGCAAGGUGAGUUACAUAAUGUUAGGUUAGGUUCUAAAAUAUUUCUGUUGUUUUUUAUACCAGAAAAUGUGUAAGGGGAUUUUUCAAUGAUAGUUUAAACUUAGAUUUCAACUUAAGUUCUGUUUAAAUAAAACAAAUACAUUGUUAGAAUAGAGUUUAAACUUGAAUCCAGGUUUAAAUCCAGGGUUAAACUAUUGAAAAACCGGCUCUUAGAGGAAUAAAUUGUGUGAUUGGAAGCGUUCACUGACACACACGACAUUUAUCCCUUCUGACUAAACAGUUUAUUUCUUAAACAUUUUCCUCUAAAUAUAACAAAACAACAAAGACAUUUAACAAUCAUUAAGCGAUUUAUCCAUUGUGUGUGUUUUUUAGAUCAGUGGAUGUUUUUAUAUCGACUUUUGGUAGUCUUACUACUGUAAUUGUAUUAACGUAAAACUUCUUAAGCUAUAAAAACGUAAGAAUGUUAUGUUUACAUUCUUUCAGUUUCCUAAAUUUGAAGACACAUUUGAGAUGAUUCGAACAUCACUACUUGCUUAGAAUUAGCCUAAUAUCUCGCCACCUAGCAUAUCUAGCUCCGCACGACAGGCAGAGAUCUGCAUAGUCUUGAGUGGCGAGUAGUCCAAGGCUUUAUGUGUCUCGUCAUUAGAAAAUUCUAACUCAAAUAAAUAUAUUUUAACAUAUUAUCUACUUAGUGUUUAGCACAAGUAUGCAACGAUGCGUCUUUAUGCAACAAGAAAUUUUUCAGUACAUAAAAGAAGUCAUUUGCCGUGAAAAUUGCUACUUAUUUCGCUGAAAAGAGAACGCAAUUAAUUAUUGUAUUACUAAAAUGCAAAUAUCUUAUAUAAUUAUAAUUAUAGCGCAAUAAAUGAGCAUUUCUUAAAACAAGCUUAUUUUAAAUACGUUUUGUUAUAGCAUCACAAAAUGUACAAACAUUAACUCUAGAACAUGGAUAAAAUUUAUUUAAAAUAAUUUUUCAAACAUUACUGUUCUUAAAAAUAUGUGUUUUGUUUUUUUAUUAUAAUUUUUUUCAAUUCCAUGAGUGGCAAAUAUUAAUAGAUUUAAAUAAUAGAUCCAAAUUCCUCAAAGUUUUCUGCACCGAUUAAAAAAAAUAUUGAAUGUCGAUAAUUUUUCUGGAUGUUAUGAUGUCUGGAUGAGUAAAUAAAAAUGUGCUGUGUAACAUUUAUCCAUGUUUAGGAUUUACAUAAUUUUUAUGUUUAGGAUUAAAGAUUAAAUGUUUGCAUGUUAUAAAUUUUUUAGAAUAUAAAAUUUAUUGAAAAUUUCUAGAAUAGAGAGAGAGAGUUAAGAAUCUAAAAAAGUCGCUAAACACAAAAUUUUCUUGUUUUUUAUGAGCAUUUUCAAAAUAUGAACUCAAAGUAUAUCCUUUUUACUUGAAAUUUUUGAGAAAUCGAGUAGCCUAAGAAUCCUCCAAUAAGAAGUCAAAGGACCUUGAAAAUGGAUCUUCUAUUUGGAUCUUCAGUCGUUUUUGAGGAAACCAUAAAGUCGUUCUAAUCCAUUCUAUAUAUAUAUGUUAAAUAUAUUAAAUCUAAGUUAUAUGAAAUUUAAUUAAUAUAUAUUUAGAAUAUUUAAUUGAUAUUUAAUUAAUAUAUUUAACGCGAAUCACGCGAAUCACACUUUUACAAUCGAAACUGUAGCAAGCGAAAAACAGAGACGUGAACUUUGUUUCAAAUCUGUAAUCGUCCGAGACGAGAUAAUCAGUCGAGAAUCUAACCAAAUUUUGUGUGACUAAACAGCUAAACAAAAUUAAUCACGAUUGACUGACGCGAUGACGUAAAGUUGUAAAGUGAAACAGAAAAAGAAAAUUAUUAGUUCGUCUGGAAAGAUCGAGCUUUAAAAAUUGCUCAGUCGUUUGACCUUCGCAUUGUUCCUCGUGCGUCGCACCAUUUCUCGUACUUGUAUUCGUAUGUGGUGUAGCAACUAACGAGGCAAUGUACUGUACGAGAUUACAACCUCAUCGAGACAUCAUUCGGCGUACCGUGUCGCGCUUAUAUCGGCAAUUUUUCUGCAAGAAUCCAAUACGCCGUGAACACGAUGUUGGCAAUGGCGAUAGGAAGAACAACAUUCUAAACAUGACCAACAGCCAGUAUUUGGAUUACAUGUACAAAGCAUGGCUGAAAGAUCGAGGGUCCGUGAGCUCCUCGUGGGACUCGUAUUUCAAUUUGAUCCACACUGAAAAUCCGAAAGAUCUUCGAACCAAGCCCGGCUCGGUUCGCGUCAGUUCGUCCUCUUCUAAUUUAAUCCUGUCGAAUAUGGAGAAAAUACAAUCAAGCAGAUCGCUGUUUCCUAAAGAACCCGUUCGAUCCAAGUCGGAUAGCCCGAUGCAGGGAGAUCAAUUCAUAAACGGCGCACUCGAUAUCAAUGCCACGAUCCGAGCUUAUCAAACACGCGGCCACUUGAUAGCUGAUACCGAUCCGUUGAGCAUACAGAACCCAGAGUCAGCGAAGUUGCAGGGCACCCCGAAUUUGCCGCCCGCGAUCGUGGUGCGAGAGCAUCUCAAGGGUAUGACGGAAGCGGAUAUGAACCGGGAAUUCCCGCUUGCAUCCUUCACGGUUAUCGGCGGCGAGAAGAGGAGUUUGCCGUUGCGAGAGAUACUGACCAGGCUGAACCAAGUCUACUGCGGCCAUCUCGGCCUUGAAUACACCUACAUUCACGACCUGAAUAUGUUAGAUUGGCUGAGGAAUAAGUUUGAGGUACCAGGCGCCUGGGAAUUACCGACAGAACAUCGGAAGUGGAUCUGGAUGAAUAUUAUGAGAGCUGUGAGCUUUGAAAAUUUCCUCGCGAGAAAAUAUGGCACGGAGAAAAGAUUUGGCCUGGAAGGUUGCGAAUCGUUCAUACCGGCCACUGCGGAAUGCAUAGAAACAUCCGCGGAAAAUGGAGUGGAAACUGUAGUUAUCGGCAUGGCGCACCGUGGUCGUCUGAAUACCUUGGUGAACAUAUGCUCAAAACCAAUGGCUCAAUUGUUCACUCAGUUCAAUCCGAUUACUUUAGAAGGACUCGGCUCUGGUGACGUGAAGUAUCAUCUCGGGACGCAUUCGGAAAAACUCUUAGAAAGAACUAAGAAAAAAGUGCUUCUCGCUGUAAUGGCUAAUAGUUCUCAUUUAGAAGCGAUCGAUCCGGUCAUAGUCGGUCGUAUUCGUGCUGAACAAGUCGAGAAAGGUGACUCUAAAUAUGGCAGAAAGUCACUGGCGGUGUUGGUUCACGGUGAUGCCGCCUUUGCUGGUCAAGGUGUCGUUUAUGAAACAAUGCACCUCACCAAUCUGCCGGAGUAUACAACUGGUGGUGUUUUACAUCUCGUGAUUAAUAAUCAAAUUGGUUUCACGACUGACCCGAGAUAUUCACGAUCCAGUGCGCAUUGUACGGACGUGGCCCGUGUUGUUAACGCUCCCAUAUUUCAUGUGCACGCCGACGAUCCCGAUUUAGUGACUUACUGCAGCAAAGUGGCUAGCGAAUAUCGGGCCACUUUUCACAACGACGUGGUUGUGGAUAUUGUUGGAUACCGACGAAACGGUCAUAACGAAAUGGACGAGCCGAUGAUAACUCAACCGCUCAUGUAUAAACGUAUAAAGAAUCAUCCUAACGUCCUCUCCAUAUACAGUGACAAGCUUAUGAAGGAGGGUGUGAUAACGGAGGCUUUCGCGAAAGAGGAAAUAAGCAAGUACUUGAAUCAUUGCAAUGAAGAGUUCAAGAAAGCGACCUCCAUCAGCUCGAUGCAAAUGAGCGACUGGCACGAUGUACCUUGGACUGAGUUCUUCUCGAAUCAGAGUCCGAAGAAUAAUAUACCGCUGACCGGUAUCGACAUAGCGACUAUCAAGACAAUAUGUAAUGCCAUAUCCACACCUCCUAACAAUAUCGAGGCACACGUUCAAGUGCUGAGAGCAAUGGACAGACGUGCGAAACUAAUGGAGGCCCGGCAGGUCGACUGGGCGAUGGCGGAAUGCAUAGCGUAUCUUAGCUUAUUGAAGGAGGGCCAUCACGUAAGAUUAUCCGGACAGGACGUCGAGCGCGGUACUUUCACUCAACGGAUACAUAUCGUUCAUGAUCAAAGCAUAGACCUGACUUAUAAGAAUAUCCUACACGACGUUUUUCCGGAUCAAGCUCUGUACACCGUUACGAAUUCUUCGCUGUCGGAGUACGGUGUAUGUGGAUUCGAGUUGGGAUAUUCGGCGUACAGUUACAACACUCUGACGAUCUGGGAAGCACAGUUUGGUGACUUUGCUAAUACCUGUCAGGUCAUAUUAGACUGCAUGCUGUGUUCCGGGCAAUCGAAAUGGGGCAGGCAAGUGGGGCUGGUUCUGUUGUUGCCGCAUGGUCAUGAAGGUCAAGGUCCAGAGCACACGUCAGCCAGAUUGGAAAGAUUUCUCCAGCUGUGCGACGACGAUUGUACUCGCCUGCCCGGAACGGAGUCCAACGCUACCACCGGCGAAACCGUCGAGCAGAUUAUGACUAAGCAACUGUUUGAGAUAAAUUGGAUUAUCUGCAAUCCCACGACACCCGCCAACUUCUUUCAUCUUAUACGCCGGCAGAUAAAGAUGCCGUUCCGAAAACCUCUGGUUAUUAUGAGUCCCAAAUCACUAUUGCGCCACGCAAUGGCGAUAUCAAACUUUGAGGAGAUGGGACCGGGCACGAGUUUCAAGCAUGUUAUAUCGGAUCCUUACGUGCAGCCGGGAAACGUGAAGAAGGUAUUGCUGUGUUCCGGCAAAGUGUAUUACGAUAUAGUCAUCGAGAGAAAGGAGCAGCAGUUAGAGGAUAAGAUAGCGAUUAUCAGAAUUGAGCAAUUAUGUCCGUUUCCUUAUCAUCUUUUGGCGAUGGAAAUCGCGAAGUAUCCACGAGCAAAGAUCAUGUGGUUGCAAGAAGAUCAUAAGAAUCAAGGUGCCUAUUAUUACGUGAGAGACAGGAUAGCUUUAGCAUUGGGAAUUCCCUUGGAGGAUGUGAAGUAUGGCGGCCGGUCCACCUCAGCCGCGCCAGCAACUGGCAGCAAGAUUAUUUAUAAAAAGGAGUACGACGAAAUGAUGGCAAUGGCGAUGAGUCUCGAUUAAUCACACGCGGUAUUUUUCAACGAGACUGCCACGGCUUCUCUUCUAAAUUUAUUGGAGUGAGAUUACACUCAAAACGGUAGUAGAAAUACUGUCAUUUGGAAUGGCAAAAGUUUUAUUCAAACUUGAAGUAAAUGGUUACUCCACACGAGUGAACGUUUUAAUCGAUUAGAGUAAAUUUGUUCCUGUGACGGUAGAGAUAAGAUAUUCACUUUCCAGUUUUCGAAUAAAGAUAUUCUUCCGAUGAUUUAAAACGUAGAAUUCAUUCUACAUGAGAAAUCGCUUGAAUUUGAAUAACUCGGUUGUUGUUCAUUUUCCGAAUAUGAUUUCAUUUCGAAGAAAGGACCCCGCACAAAACCUAUGGAAAAUGGUUCUCGGUCAAAUUGGCUAAAAUUUCACAUGUUAUAUUUUUCGUCAUGCUGAUAAAAAGUUAUCAUUGCACCAAGUCCCAAAAGUCAAUAUUUCCCAAGAUAUAAAGGGUCAAAGUAGUGAAAUAUGGUCAUCCGCAGU